AUGUAUAUUAGAUGUACCCAAGCUGAUCAUUAAAAUCAAUAAAUAAUAGGCUUUUGCAUAGAUAGUGCAUGUACAAAUUAAAAACCUUAUUGUCAUCUUUGCUUGCCGAGCCAUAUUCAACAUAAUAAUAAGUUGACAUCUGAAGAAUUGUUAUCUGGAUGGAUUUAGGAAAGAAUUCUUGCGGCUCAAGAUAUUUAAAAGAAUGUUUAAGAAUGUAAAAUUGCCCUUGAUCGUCUUAUAAAUUUUUUGUUUCUUUAUAAUAACUUCAAUAUUUAAUAAUUAACAGAAUUAGGAUUAUCAAAGAUUGAUUAAUUAAUCAAAGGUUUUAGUUAAAUAGGAGAUUGUGAAGAAAAAUUAUUUAAGCAACUGAAGCAAUCAAUUGAAUAAACCAAAUCUUUUGUAAAUGAAAUAAUUAAAAAAAUAAAGAAUCAACCAAAUAUCAAGUAAAAUGAUAAUAUAUAAAUUCCUCAAUCUUAUGUAGAUAAAUGAAUUUAAGAAUAACCAAAGCAUCUAAGUAUAUUGGAACCAAAUUCGAACCCAUUCACCUUUGACCUCACGAAAUAAUAAUCAAUUAAGUAAGUUUAAUGGUGUAUUGCUAUUGCUUUUAACAAAGAUUAAUCAAUCGUUAUAGCUGGAUGUAAUAAUGAAAUUAAAGUAUUUCAACAUAUACAAGGGAAUCUGAAUUUAAUUUAAAUUUUUAGUGAGCAUACAAAAGAUGUAUAUACUUUAAAUUUCAUGAAAAAUACAAAUGAUUUUGUAUCUGGAAGUGAAGAUUGUUCAAUUAUAAUAUGGAAGGUGACUGGAAAUGAUUAAUGGAAAUGUUAAUAAAAAUUAUUUGGACAUUCAAAUAAGAUAUUUAGUUUAUUAUUAAGUAAUACUGAUGAUUUAAUUAUUUCGGGUAGUGAUACAAUAAAAUUUUGGAGGAAAUAGGAUUAAUGGUUGUUUUAAUAAACCAUAAUUGAUCAUACUGAUGUUGUAUAUUCAUUAAGCUUAAAUGAAGAAUAAAAUAAACUGAUAUCUUGUUCGUUUGAUUUAUUAAUAUUAGUAAUAGAAUUGUAAAAGUUGGAUAAAAAAUGGAGUGUUACAUAAAAGAUAUACGUAGAUUAAAGGGGAUUUAGAUUAUGUUUAAUUAAUGAUAAUUAAUUUACAUUUUAACUCUAUUGUAAAGAAUAGAUGUAUGUAUAUGUGUUGGAUAGUAAUACUAAUUAGUAUAGGAAAACUAAGGAAAUUGCUGUAAAGUUUGGCUCAAUUUAUGAUAAUUGUUUAUUUCCAUAAUAAUACUAAAAGUAAAAAUGUCUUCUAGUGAAUAAGAAUGGUAAACAUGUUAAUUUAAUGAAGAAGUUAUAAAAUGGUGAUUUUAUAGUCUAAUAAUCUAUUGAGUUUGAUAAUUGUAUUAUUUUUGGAUAAUUAAGUGAUGACGGAUAGUAUUUAAUCACUUGGGAUGAUGGGUCAAAAGAAAUAUAAAUAAGAAAGUAUAGAGAAUUAUGA